AUGAAAGAUCUGCGAACAGCCCAGGGACUCUCUCCAGUUGGCAAAGGGCCUAAGUGUUCUCAUUCCACCCCAAACACCAAGAGAAAAUCGACUGAUGCUGAUAAAGAAAAUGUACAUCCAUCUAAAAGACAGUGUCCAUCAGAUAAAAUUUCUCAGAGAGUUGUUUUGCAUCCAGUUAAAUUAACCAAAGAACAACUGAGAGUCUUGGAAGUUGUCGUGCGUGGGGAAAGUUUAUUCUUUACUGGCAGUGCAGGCACAGGCAAAUCUUUUCUUUUACGCAGAAUCUUGGGAUCUUUGCCACCAGAUCAUACAUUUGCUACAGCCAGCACAGGUGUAGCAGCUUGUCAAAUUGGUGGUACCACUCUUCAUUCGUUUGCAGGCAUUGGUUCAGGAAAAGGUACAAUUGAAACAUGUGCAGAGUUGGCGAGAAGACCUGCUGUCAUGCAGCAGUGGAAGAAGUGUCGUCAUUUGAUUAUUGAUGAAAUUUCAAUGGUUGAUGGGGAAUUUUUUGAUAAAAUGGAAUGUGUGGCUAGGACUCACCCCUUCACUAUUAAGUCCAUAAGUUUUCCCAGUUUUAAGCAGAAUAUGUGGGCAGUAAUGUCAUAUCUGUGA